CCUAGUGGUCAAUGUCACAUGGAGGAACAAAACUUAUGUUGGAACUCUACUGGACUGCACUAAGCAUGACUGGGCCCCUCCCAGGUUUUGUGAGUCACCAACAAGUGACCUGGAGAUGAGAGGCGGCCGGGGCAGAGGAAAAAGAGCAAGGUCUGCUGCCGCUGCCCCGGGCACCGAGGCCAGCUUCACAGAAUCCAGAGGGCUGCAGAGCAAAAACAGGGGGGGGGCCAAUGGGAAAGGAAGGCGGGGCAGCCUCAACGCCAGCGGACGAAGGACCCCCCCAAAUUGUGCCGCUGAGGACAUCAAAGCCAGUCCUUCCUCCACUAAUAAAAGGAAAAACAAGCCUCCCAUGGAACUGGACCUGAACUCCAGCUCCGAGGACAGUAAGCCUGGGAAGCGCGUCCGCACAAAUUCCAGAAGCACUCCUACCACCCCUCAAGGGAAACCAGAGACUACUUUUUUGGACCAAGGCUGCUCCUCUCCAGUGUUAAUCGAUUGUCCUCACCCCAACUGCAACAAAAAGUACAAGCACAUUAACGGCCUGAGGUAUCACCAGGCUCAUGCACACUUAGACCCCGAAAACAAGCUGGAGUUCGAGCCUGACAGUGAGGACAAGAUCUCAGACUGCGAGGAGCCCUUGGGUAAUGUGACUCUCGAAUGCAGUGAGCCAAGCACAAGUGUGUCUGCCUAUGACCAGGUGAAGGCACCCGUAUCCCCUGGGGCUGGGAACCCCCCUGGGACCCCCAAGGGAAAGAGAGAGCUGCUGAGCAAUGGCCCAGGUUCUAUUAUGGGUUCGAAAGCUGGGAAGAAUUCUGGCAAAAAGAAGGGCCUCAACAAUGAACUGAACAACCUUCCGGUCAUCUCCAACAUGACGGCCACAUUAGACGGUUGUUCAGUAGCAGACGGCAGUUUAGCAACCGAAAUGCCCAAACUGGAAGCAGAGGGAUUGAUUGACAAGAAAAGUUUGGGAGAGAAAGAAAAGGGCAAAAAAGCUAACAACUGCAAAAUGGACAAAAAUCUCUCUAAACUGAAAAGUGCCCGGCCCAUCGCCCCUGCCCCAGCCCCUACUCCCCCACAACUAAUUGCUAUACCCACGGCAGCCUUUACGACCACCACCACGGGGACCAUCCCCGGACUGCCCUCCCUCACCACCACGGUGGUCCAGGCCACACCAAAGAGUCCUCCAUUAAAACCCAUCCAACCAAAGCCCACCAUUAUGGGAGAACCCAUGACCGUGAACCCAGCUCUGGUGUCGCUCAAAGACAAAAGGAAAAAGGAGAAGCGAAAGCUAAAGGACAAAGAAGGGAAGGAGAUGGGAAGCCCGAAAAUGGAUGCAAAGCUGGGGAAACUAGAGGACUCCAAGGCGGCUGGCAAAGACCUAUCCGGACAUUUUUUAAAGGACCAUCUCAAUAAGAACGAAGGGCUGGCCAAUGGGCUGUCGGAGUCUCAGGAGAGCCGCAUGGCCAGCAUCAAAGCUGAGGCCGACAAGGUUUACACGUUCACUGACAACGCCCCCAGCCCUUCCAUCGGGAGCGCCUCGAGGAUGGAGUGUAGCACUCUGGUGAACGGGCAGGCUCCCAUGGCCCCACUACAUGUGUUGACCCAGAAUGGGGCCGAGAGUUCAGCUGCAAAGACCAGUAGCCCAGCCUAUUCAGACAUAUCUGAUGCUGCUGAUGACGGUGGUUCUGACAGCAGGUCAGAGGGCAUGAGGUCAAAGGCCAGUUCCCCAUCAGAUAUCAUUUCGAGUAAGGAUGGUGUAGUCAAAGGACAUUCAGCUGCAGCACAAUCGUCUCAACUGAAAGAGUCCCAUUCUCCCUAUUACCAUGGCUAUGAUCCUUAUUAUUCUCCAAGUUACAUGCAUCCCGGCCAGGUGGGUGCCCCCACGGCUGCGAACAGCGGGAGCACACAGGGAAUGAAGAUCAAGAAGGAGUCUGAGGAAGACACAGAGAAGAAAGACAAGGCAGAGCAGUUAGACUCUAAGAAAGUGGACCACAAUUCUGUCUCCCUCCAGCCGCAGCACCAGUCAGUGAUCACACAAAGACACCCUGCUCUGGCUCAGUCACUUUACUACGGCCAGUAUGCCUAUGGGCUGUACAUGGACCAGAAGUCUCUGAUGGCCACCAGCCCUGCCUAUAGACAGCAAUAUGAAAAGUACUAUGAGGACCAGAGGCUGGCAGAGCAGAAAAUGGCACAGACUGGGAGAGGAGACUGUGAAAGGAAGACCGAGCUUCCUUUGAAAGAACUGGGCAAGGAAGACAGUAAGCAGAAAAACAUGCCAUCGGCCACAAUCUCAAAAGCUCCCUCUACUCCAGAGCCUAACAAAAACCAUUCUAAACUAGGGCCAUCAGUGCCUAAUAAAACUGAGGAGACAGGUAAAUCGCAGCUUCUCUCCAGUCACCAGCAGCAGCUUCAGGCCGACAGCUUCAAAGCUAAGCAGAUGGAAAACCACCAGCUAAUUAAGGAGGCUGUAGAAAUGAAAUCUGUCAUGGACUCUAUGAAGCAGACAGGUGUAGACCCAACCUCGAGAUUUAAACAAGAUCCAGAUUCAAGGACAUGGCAUCAUUAUGUAUACCAACCCAAAUAUCUGGAGCAGCAGAAGUCAGAGGACCUUGAUAGAGAGAAAAAAUUGAAAGAGGAUAGUCCAAGGAAAACUCCUAAUAAAGAGAGUGGUACACCCAGCCUUCCUGUGUCAUUAACAAGCAUUAAGGAGGAGCCCAAAGAGGCCAAGCGUCCUGAUUCUCAAUCAAUGGAAGAGAGCAAGCUGAAAAAUGAUGACCGAAAGACUCCUGUGAACUGGAAGGACUCUCGGGGGACAAGAGUGGCUGUGUCCUCACCCCUGAGUCAGCAUCAGUCAUACAUACAGUACUUGCAUGCUUAUCCUUACCCACAGAUGUAUGACCCCAGCCACCCUGCAUACCGGGCUGUUUCUCCAGUCCUAAUGCACAGUUACCCUGGGGCCUAUCUGUCUCCAGGAUUUCAUUAUCCUGUUUAUGGGAAGAUGUCAGGGAGAGAAGAGGCAGAGAAAGUCAAUACCAGCCCCAGCAUCAGCACGAAAACAACCACUGAAUCCAAAGCACUGGACUUGCUCCAGCAGCAUGCCAACCAGUACCGCAGCAAGUCUCCCGCUCCUGUGGAAAAGGCUACAGCUGAGCGGGAACGGGAGGCGGAAAGAGAGAGGGAUCGCCACUCCCCCUUCAGCCAGCGGCACCUGCAUACACAUCACCACACCCAUGUUGGCAUGGGUUACCCUCUAAUCCCUGGUCAAUACGAUCCUUUUCAAGGCUUGACCUCUGCUGCCCUCGUUGCCUCUCAGCAGGUGGCUGCCCAGGCAUCUGCAUCAGGGAUGUUUCCUGCACAAAGAAGGGAGUAACAGGAUCGAAGUGUACGGUGUCAUGUGACCGGAUCACAUGAGGAAGCGCUUUAUACAGACAUCAGUUCCAUGGUGUUAAUUUGAAAUGCCUUAAUGGCAGGCAAAAACCAGUCAUUUCAUUUUUGUAAAUUACAGAUUUUAUCACAGAGUAACAAAUGUUGCUGUAAUUAAACUUCUGUUUUAUAUAUAUAUACGUAUACAUAUCUGUAUAUAUACAUAUAUAUAUAUCUAUAUAUAUUCUUUACUUUUUGUAUCAGUAACCAGGCUCGCACACAGGGUCUGCUGCCAAGUUACAAACCACUCAGUAAAGGAAAUUUAAAAAAAUGUAUUUGUCAUGUUGAAAAGUGUUAGCCACAAAAGGCUGCUUACUUUCUUUUCCUUUUAAAUUGUAAAUAAAUAAUGUUAUGUAUCAGUGUGCCUGAACUUUGCAUCUCCUUCAUCUAUUUCCCAUAAGCCCCUCAGAAAGGCGAGCUAUGAUGAUAACACUUGGUACAAUUUAGAUGUCUAAUUGGUGGCUCCUGUUACAGAUGCAUCAGUGUAAAAUGUUCCUGUAGUCACUGUUUGUACUUGUGUAUUGUGGAAAUAAAUACUUUUGGAAGGCAUGGGGUUGCCAGUACCACAAAAACUGUGUUGUAUAUAAUGUAAAGAUUAAAAAUGGGGAAAUAAUGAGCAUCUGUGAAUAAUGAGGUGUCAUUUUUUUGGUAAUCUUGAAUGGCAAAUAACCCAAUAGCCUGCAUACCAGAGACAUCUGUGAUUCUUCUAUUACUUGAAUAGUCCUUAAGUCCUUUUUUUUUUUUUUUUAAUGUUUACAAUUACCCAGUUUUAGAAAAGAGAGACUUUAACGCCAUUGCCUGGUUACUUGUUUUAUGCUGUAAUCUAGUUUAUUUUAUGUAAAAUGUAUAUUGAAUGCUUUCCUUUUUUAUACCUGCCUUAAAUAAUUUGGCAAUCAGAAUUAAAAAGUUUUUUUUUUUUUU